AUGCCUCGUUUUAUGCUAUGCACUAUGGUGGAUAAGGUCAUUCACGGUGACGGUUCGAUAUAUGAUGCGAAGGGGAAGAUUGCUGAAUUAAAGCUUGAUAAGGAAUGUUUUGAAGAAAUGGUGAGUGUGACGGGAACGAAACGUUUUUAUCAUCGAUGGACAACCAAUCGUCAUGCGGAAAAACGAUGGAAACAUGGAAAAAACGCAUCAAAAGCAUUUGUAUCUAAAGACAGUGAAUGCGGAAGCAUUGUCCAAAUUGAUUUUGGAUUUGUGCAGUCGCGUCAAGCAGAUGUUUUUUCCAUGUUGCCAAAUUUUUCGUGCCAGGCAAGGAAUGGUGCAAUUAACAUAGCACUUAGGCAAGGAAUGGUGCAAUUAACAUAG